AUGGUCAUCCCACAUGCUCUCCCAAAGGAAGGUGCUGGGGCCCUGGUGCUGACAGAAUGCAGGUCCAGCCUGGGCCUGUAGCCUUGGGUGGUGUGUUCCCACAGGAGGGGAGGGAAUCGCAGAGAGGUGGGUGUUGGACUACCAGGGUUGGAGAGCCCAGAGGUGGGAGGACAAAGAGGGGAACCCUAGAAUGAUUCUGUAGUAGGAUGAACUUGUACUGUCUGUCUUCCAGGGACCCACCAGCUUCUCUGAACUCAGAGAAGCGUUACCUUCCCCAGGAGCAGCCCCAUUUAGCCUGGCUUCUGGGGACCCCUCUUUCUAGGACUGUUUAAUCUGUUUCAUCUGGCAGGAGCUCCAAUUGUAGGAGCACAACAAGGCACACGGAAGUGAUCCAGCUUACCUGGGCAACACAGCACUGGUGAUGGCUAGUGUUCAGCUGGGGCUGUGACUCCUGGUCUAGGUCUUUCCUUACAAACCCUGGUGUAUGCGGUCUCCUGCUGGGCAGGGUGUGCUGGGUCGUUACCCACCCAUCUGAGAGUUCAGCACUCAGGACCAGCAGGGAGCCAAAUCAGAAGGGUUUUCCUAGGCACCCACUCUGACCCAUGCCUGCCCUACUUCUUUCAUCUCCUGUGAUGUCCUGGAACUCCUCCCCCAGCCUGCACUACUCAGGGAGGCCAAGUGCCUUGGAGCUCAGCAAAACCUACUUUAAGAUGGGAAAGGUUCAGGAAUCAUCUGCUUCUUCCUCUUUGCCACUUAGCAAAUACUGAGACACACUCAAGCAAGCCCACCUCCAACAGGAAGGCAUUCCAGGCUACCAUUCCUGCAUUAGAGAGCUGCUGUCUGCAAGGAUGGACUUGCAGAAACACUAGAGCCCUGUGGAAUCAGGUCCCUGAGGGGCUUUGCAGGCAGAUACUGAAGACAUCAGUUGGGCAGGAGUUUCUAUACAGUAAAAGGUGUUAUUGUCCAUAAAUAUGUUUAAUGGUCAAGUCAAUAAAACACUGUGUUGGUAGGACUUGGGGUUAAUGAGGCCUAAUUACAGCCUUUUACCCAGUGCAAAUUCAGGAGAACACUUGUUCAGUAACCCUAGGUGACUGAUCCUCUCACAAAUGGGUGCUUUGGGUCGCAAAGGGGACAGGGCCCAGUCCAGUAGAGCAAAGAAUGACUGAGGUGUAUGCCCCAUUCACCAGGUCAGAGAAGGGCACAGCACUGACUCACUGAACAAGCCCUCUGUGUAUGAGGCACAGGCCAGGCUUAGGGAUGUAUGAGCUGCAAUGAAUAAGCCACUGCUAGCCAGGGCUGCCAUCACAAAGACCCACAGGGGCUUGAACAGUAGACAUACACUUCUCUGUCUGCAGGCUGCAAGUCCAAGAUCAGGGUGCUUGGCAGACUUGGUUCCUGGUGAGGGCCCACUUCCUGGGCUUGUAGAUGACCACCUUCUCUCUGUCCUCACAUGGCAGGAGAGUAUGUAGGAAUGAGCACAUGCUCUGGUGUCUCUUUAAGGACACUUAUCAGGAGGACCCCACUCCCAUGACCUCAUCUAGACCUAAUUGCCUCCCAAAGGCCCCACCUCCAAAGGCCAUCACAUUGGAAGUCAGGGCUUCAGUAUAUGGAUUUCAGGGGGACAUAGUCAUGGACCUUCAUGGAAAAUCAUUGUCAUACACAGCUUGGACAACCUAUACGGUCUGCUCUUGAACGAACUGUCCCCAGUCCUGGCUUUCUUAGCAAGGCUUUCUCACUCACUGUCUCAGCUGGUCUCACCAUGAGUCAGUGACCUAGGUGGAGAAGUGAUACAAGAAAGGGGGAUGGGGACAGUGAACGUCCACCAGGUCAUGUUACAAAUUCCCGGUAGGCCUCAGGCCUCUUCCACGGUCAGUCACAGGCUUCUCCAAGGGUUACUGGCACUGUCAACUUCAAUUUUCAUUGCCUUUCAUUUAAAAAUAGAACUAGGGCAGAGAAUGUUUAGGAAGAGGCACAUCAUAAACUCAAACAGGAAGGUCGGACCUGUCCUCGUGGUUUACAAUCCAGAUGCUACAGAGCAUGGUGAGAUUAAUGGGUUGCAUCAGGGAACAGAAAACAACCGUAAGUAAAUAAUGAAGAUGUUAAAGGACUUAUAUUCUGCUCACAGCCAGGUAAGAGCAAGUAGACAGUGGAGACCCUUGGCCAAGCUUCUAACAGGCCAGAUGAGCAUGGUGGAGCUGGGGAUUCUUGAACUGUCUGCAUGUUCCUUUGUUAGGAGCAGGCUGGGAGCUAAGAAAUGACUUAGGUACUUGGAAAAAGGUCCUUUGGCAAGAAACAUGAACUUCAAGUCAGUUUAAAAGGUGGCAGCUCCUUGGGAGGGGUUGGGUCCCCCCCCCAACUGCCCAGACCCAGGGAGCUGCCCAAUGGAGAGUGGACUGUGAGGCCAGUUGGCAGGAGCACUGAUUGGGGGAGAGAGUGGGACACCUGCCUUGCCCCUGGCCCCAGGUCAAAACCAGAAAGCUUUCUUUUUUGGGGAAUAAUGGAUAGAGUCAGAUAAUUCUGGGGCAAAUUCUGGCUUUGCCAUUUAAGCUGUUGGGACCAUGGGCAAGCAUGCAGUAUAGUGCCUGACACCCAGCAAGCACUCAAUAGAUGGUAGUUACCAUGUUAAUGAACUCCCUGUGUGACUACUUGUACAGAAUUUGUAGAAGCAGAAGUUGCACCAUGGAAAGAGAAGAAAAGGAGUCUCCCCAGAGUUCAGUCUUCAAAAAGAAUCAGCCAUCCUGUGUUUAACAGGCCUGCUCCACUGCUUAAGGUUUAAUUGAUGUCAGGUCACAUCUUGGGUUUAAAUUUCAAGGAAAGAGACUGGGGCAGAUGAGGCCUCGCACCCAGAGACUCUCAUCUCCACCCAGGGCUCAGCAGUGUCUCCCAGCCCUCAAAGCUGGGGCUGGGGCUGUAACUUUGCACCCCCUCGUUCCUUACAUUACAUCAGCGGUGUGGCUGUCUGUGGGACUUUUCCCUCCACAGCUUUCAGGUGUACCUUUCAGGCACACAUUCAUUCAUUCAACAGAGUUUGACCCAGGGCUUGUUGUAUGCUGGGCACUUGGGAUACAGAGAUGCUGAAAACACAGUUCCCUGCUCUUUGAUACUCACAACCUGGUGGGAAAACAAAGGUGUACUAAACCCCAAUUUGAAGCCAGCCCAAGGUGCUUUGGAGAAGGAUGCUAGCCAUCACUGUCCAAUCUGGGGAGACAGGAGGAGCUGGUCACGGGGGAGGUGGUUGCCCGGCUAGUGUGGAAGCCCUGGGGAUGCAGUCCACAGCAGGAGGAGCUGGAGGGCCGCCAGGCUGGGCUCUGUGAGAGCAGCAGACUGGAGCUGUCUGGGGGAGGGGAGGGGGUGAUUGGCUCUCUGGUGUGCCCAGGGUGGUGGGAGGGGAUGAAGUAUAGCGCCCCAGGCAGGGCUCUGCUGAGGCAGGGCUCCCCUGGACUGUACACACCUGUACCCUCUAGGGGCCCCAGGCCAGCUGUUGUCUGGGGGGCUGUUCACAGACCAUUGUUAGGGUCUGGAGUCCAGCCAUCACAUGAGCCUUGCAGAGUAGUGGCGAUCACCGUGCUGGUGCUGGCCCUGCCUGUACAAAGAAGUAUGGCUGUUUGCAGAAUGUUUUCACAUUGCCAUUCUAUUGUGUUCACCACAGUACAUGAGAAUGACGGUGGGUGGUGGAUGGGGGAGCUAUGUAUGUAGGUUUAUAUGUAUGAAACCAGAGAAAUGAAGUGACUCAGCAGAACACCAUAGAGCAGAGAACGGAGGCCUCCAGGAGCUGUCUGCCCAUGGCACUCCCCACUGAGAAGGGACAGAUUUUAGGUGGUAUUGUCUGCUUCCCUUUCCCCCAUCCCCCAGCUGUGUUCUUUUCUAUUUGGGCACAGCUCACCUAGAAAAUGCUGCUAAAAAUAUGAGUGAUAUCCUUAGGUAUAUUAUUCAUUUUGCUUUUGAAAAACCUAGUCAUUUACUGUUCCCAUUUCUCUGUAGCCUGCAGGAGAGGAAAGCUGGUUGCUCUGGCAGGUGACAACUUUUGCAACAGGAGCUGGAGAGCUGGGAGGUGUAGCUGUUCCCUGAGCAGAAUUCCAGUGCCUUGGCAGUGUCCGUUAUCAUUAAGGAUUAGGGGUCCUUGUCAAUGCAUGGCAACUAUUUGGCCCUGGGAUAAACAUCUCUCCUGGUGGGUUCAUUUCUUUAGGCUUCCCGGAGUUCCCUCCCUGUUGCAUCUAUUUGGAAGACCACUCUCCCUGGCAUGCCUGAUUUGGGAAGACACACAUGCAUCAGUGAGGUGCUACAGGAGCAACAUGGGUGGGGCAGGGGUAGAGGUGGGUCCUCGGGGGCUGGGAGUGACCCAGGGUGGACCUGCUGGGAUAACUGGUCCAUGGAGCGAGCUGGCAAAGCAGGCAGGCCUGCCCUCCGGGUCUGAUGCUGGGAGUAACGGAAUGCUUUCACUCCCAGUGGAUCCCACCUGGGAUUCUGCAGUUCUCAGGUUGUGAAAGACACAGGGGGCACCCGAAAAGCUUUAGCGGGAUCUCCUGAAGCUGGGAGGCCUGUGUCUCCCAGAGUCCCUCAUCAAGAAUGGUGCCGCCCCCCGCCCCGACCUCAAUAGCUACACCCACCAUGGGCUGUAAGGAGCACCUCCUGGGACUUGAAGAAUCCCAGGGCCUCCCUCCAGACCUAUCAGCAGAGGAGAAAAAAAGGCCAGUUGAUGUUCCUCUAGCACUUUAAACUUUAAAACAUCACCUUCUCUUCUGGCCCCAGUUUCCUUAUGAAAUGUAAAUUCUGAGGCACUCUCUCACUCUGGACAAGGUCAGCACUUCCAAUCACGAUCAUCACGCCCUGCCUCCUGUCUGCUGGUCUAGGCCCCAGCACGGUGCAGGCGGAGCGAGCUAAGCCAGGUGGUAGGCCGGCCUUCCCCUCCGGGCUCUGCCACUUAGGGCUGCGGGUUUGGGAGAAAGCUCCUCCGUGGUUUCCUAUUUUAUUUCCCAUCUAUAAAGUAGGAUAAUAAAUAAUAACUGUAUAACCCAGUUGGCACAUGGUUAUUGGAGGCGCUCAUGAGAUUAUAUUUGGGGAAGGCACUUUGUGAGAAGAGAAGUAAUGUGUAGGUAAGGGGCAUUAUUAUUAGAGCGAGCUGACAACUGGAAUCUAGCCCAGAGCAGUGGGCAGCUGCUGCUUCCCCUGUGGUUAAGUGGCCUUUUGUGGGGUCUCUGGCUUGACCAGACAGGGUCAAAUUCUGAGGAGGAGGGGCAGUAGCGGUGCAGUAUCUUCGGCCAUGGCCCCAGCCCCUGAGUAGGGUGGGCUUUCCCAAAACGGUCAGCUCGGGCAGCUGUGGUUCUGCCCCGUCCACUGCUGUCUCCUGCCAAAGAUCCCCCUCCUAAAAGCUGCUGCUGACACCCCUUCUCCUGCAGGGAAAGGCUCUGCGCCUCCUGCACCCCGACCCUCAGUCCUAAGCGCUGGGGGCAUCGGUGGGCCUGGGUAGCCCUGCCCUGGUGAGCAUGAGGCGCUAACUGCUGAGCUGGGGCUUCCGAGAAUCCUCCAGUGGGACCGGCUGGGCCGGCCGCCGGGGGCGUUGGGGUGACCUCCUCGCGGGCGUUGUGCUACCAGACCGGCCCCGCCUGACUCUCUUCUGCCGCGCGGCAGGCGCCGCCCUCGCAGCCCUGCUUUUUCCGCCAGGCAGGCUGUGGGCGAGUUAGACCUCCCAGCCUCACGGGGCUGCUGUGCGGCUGCGGCGACGCGGGCGACUGCGGCGCUGCGGAGGAGACGCGGCUCGGGAGGCGGCGCCACGGGCUGGUGAUUGCAGCUGGAAGUGUCCAUGACCGAACUGGCGUCCUCCGGGGGAGGGUCCCCUGCGGGGGACGGGGAGGAGGGUCUGGGGGACGAGCGAGGCCUGGUCAUCCACCACCCUGCGGAAGAGCAGCCCCACCGUUGCCCGCUGUGCGGCCAGACCUUCUCGCAGCAGCCCAGCCUGGUGCGGCAUCAGAAGGCGCACGCUGGGGCUGGCCGCGCGGCUGCCUUCGUGUGUCCUGAGUGCGGCAAGGCCUUCAGCGUCAAGCACAACCUCGAGGUGCACCAGCGCACCCACACCGGCGAGCGACCCUUCCCCUGCCCAGAGUGCGGGCGCUGCUUCAGUCUCAAGCAGAACCUGCUCACGCACCAGCGCAUCCACAGCGGCGAGAAGCCACACCAGUGCGCGCAGUGCGGCCGCUGCUUCCGCGAGCCGCGCUUCCUGCUCAACCACCAGCGCACCCACGCACGCAUGCCCGCGCCGCACCCGCGCCGCCCUGGCGUCUUCGGGGAGCGGCGGCCCUACUUCUGUGCCCGCUGCGGCAAGAGCUUCGCGCGCGAGGGCUCCCUCAAGACCCACCAGCGCAGCCAUGGCCACGCGCCCGAGGGCCAGGCGGCCCAUUUAGGCCGCGUGCUAUGAUGCGCGUCGGGCCUGCUGCUUGUUUCCUGCCCCAGAGCCUUGUCUGUGACCCCUGGAGAUGGCUCUGGGAGGCGGUUCCCACUCUGGAUGGGACCCCGGGAGACAGGGAGGGCUGGCUUGGGAACUUGAAGAAACGGGCCCCAAAGCUGCGGGGGCCACCUCCUGCCCCUCCGCCAGGCCCUCCCUGCUGGCUGCACACAGCUGCUUUGGGCCUCUGCACCGGUUUCCCUCCUUAGGCUUUCCCCGCCCAGAGCAGCAUGUCAGAGUGGAAAGCGACCUGAGAUGGCUGCUCUACACAACCCCCAGGCCCGCCCCCAAGUUCUCCUGGCCCCAGCCCUUACUAUCUGGUGUCCUUGAGAAGUUUCACUCCAUGGCUCGGUUUACUCUUCUGUAAGUUGGGGCUAAAGGUGAGGGCUUCCCCUCCCUGGUGUAUCAUGAGGAUCAGAGUUACCAUCAUUAGUUCAGAGAGGUAGAUGUCACUGGUCCAGAACCUUUACUGAGCACGGUGUGCCAGGCACUGUGUUGGGCCUGGCUCUGGGAGGAGGCGUAGACACAAGGCCCCCUACCCCCUGAGGCUCCACGUGUGGUGCUUACACAGGUAAUGCAGGCUGGUGUAGGGGACACACUAUAAAGUGCUGGGGUUAGGGAUAACUGGUUUGAAGGCUUGAACUGGUCCUGGGGACGAAUAGAGAUGCUCUAGGAAAAGUGGGGCUGUGGAAGGAGGUUUCCGCAGUGGGGGUACAACAGUGGAGGCUCAUGUCCACCAGACGAAGGCUCUCAUGGCUGGGGAGAGGAGACACGCAGAUGUGAAAUGAGAGCAGCGUGGUGAUCUCCAGUACACAGUUUGAGGAUUGGAGGCACUGUGGGGACAAAUGCGAGUGGACCAGCAGGAGCCUCCAGGGUUUGGGGUCACCUGGGCAAAAGAAAAUGAGGCCUCCAGCUAAGAGGCUUGCCCAGGGUCGUGCAGUGAGAAAGGAGAGAGCCAGGACUUGCCCCCUAGGCCUCUGAUUCCACACUGGCACUCAGGCACGGCUUCUUCAGCCCUUGGCAGGCGAGAAACUGAGGCUUGCCCACGCUUGCCCCACUCACACUUCAUAUUCAGUGGCACAUCGGUGUAAGCCUGGACCCCAAGCCCCUCAUCUCUACCACACCAUCCUGCUGGUGGGAAAUAGCACACCAAAGAUGCAGCCAUGUGACAAGGGACCAUGUGGUAGGAGCCUAGGCAGGCUGUCACUGGGUGAUGUGGGUGCCUGAAGGAGACAGGCACCCACCAUGGUGAGCUGGGAGGAAGAAAGCUGGAGGCUUGAGGAGGACCUGCAACCACAGAGCCCUUGCUUGGCACCCAGUCCUGUGCCAGGUGCUGGAGACCCGUCCCUGCCCUCUGCCCCUCAUUAGAGCUCCAUGGCUCCUUGGGGAUGCAUUGUCCUCUGUCUGCUGCCCCUAGGUGGCUCAGGGAACUGCUGUGAUGUGUGGACCAGUAUUUAGUGACAGAGAUUGAGAUUAAACCAGGACCUGGGACAUUUUAAACCAACCACCAAAGUGCCCUGAACCAGGUUGUCAAUGGGAUUAGGAACCCGGAGUGCUUGGUGGCGGGUCAGAGGACCAGCUCACAGCCCUGGGCAGAUGCACAGUGGCCUCGCCACUGCUCUCUCCUGGCCCCAGGGGGGUGGCUGGGCAGGGCCAUCUCAUAGCCCCAGGCCUGACCCUGGUCUCUUUGUGAACAGAUGCAGAGUAGGCAGGACCUCUGGGCAGUGUGCAAGGCACAUUUGGGCACAGAAACCAGAAAUGGGGGCCCAUGGGGCCUGUGCCCCCCUGGAGGACACAUCUCCUAAGAAGACCUACCUCGGGAGGUGACCUGCAGUGACGGCAGAGGGGACCAACGGAGCUGAGAACUGGAGGCAGGUUCUGUGCCCUUGUGGAAAAAUGUCCCGAACCUGUUGGGAGUCACAGCCAGAGAGGAGCUCACCCUGGCUGCCAGGCUGCAACCCACUCUCAUGUGGCAGCAGGGACAGUGCCUGUGUGGAGAGCAUGUUCUCAGCUCCCGCCUGGCCCACCAGAGAUGGGCAGUGACUGGCCUGCGAGAACACAGCAAGUCGGUAGCAGACCUGGCUUGGAGGCAAAGCCUCUCUCCGGGUGUGAGCUGUACGUGCAAGCAUCACUUCCCUUUCAGAGCAAUGGCUCUUCACACUUCUGGGGGCAUGAAGCCCUUUGAAAAUCUGACACAUGUUUUGAGCCUUCUCCCCAGGAAAACACACAUCUUCAUGUAGAUGCAAGAAUAUAUAAGCAAUUUCAGAGCUCCUGGACUUCAGACUGAGAACCUCAGCCCGGGAGCUAACCCGCCACUCUUUCCCUACCUGCUGCCAAACCGUGGGUCAGGGAGGCCAUAUAAGCAGCAUUUCUUCUUCCCCCUGCAGACCCUCCUAACCUUGUUGGGGAAUAAAGAGUUCUGAGAAGGG